UCCAGCCAAUAGGAGCAGAGAUGCCGGAGCCGGGCUUGUGUGCCUCUGCUGAGGUGAUCUGGCGCAGAGCGGAGGAGGUGCUUGGCGCUUCUCAGGCUCCACCUCUCCCCUUGCGGCCUUUCUAACGUUGGCCCUGCUCUUGUGGCCUCCCGCAGAAUGUGGAUGACGCCCAAAAGAAGCAAGAUGGAAGUCGACGAGGCUCUAGUUUUCCGGCCGGAGUGGACCCAGCGUUAUUUGGUGGUGGAGCCUCCGGAGGGCGAUGGGGCCCUGUGCCUGGUCUGUCGUCGCCUCAUCGUAGCUACCCGCGAACGCGACGUCAGGCGCCACUACGAGGCUGAGCACGAAUACUACGAGCGGUAUGUGGCGGACGGCGAGCGCGCGGCCCUGGUGGAGCGUCUGCGUCAGGGCGACUUGCCCGUGGCCUCCUUCACUCCUGAAGAGAGAGCUGCUCGUGCAGGCCUCGGGCUCUGCCGCCUCUUGGCCUUGAAGGGUCGCGGCUGGGGUGAGGGGGACUUUGUAUACCAGUGCAUGGAGGUAUUGCUGAGAGAAGUACUGCCCGAGCAUGUAAGCGUCCUGCAAGGCGUUGACUUAUCUCCAGAGAUCACAAGGCAGAGGAUCCUGAGCAUUGACAGGAAUCUACGCAACCAGCUUUUUAGCCGAGCCAGGGACUUUAAAGCCUAUUCUCUUGCUUUGGACGACCAGGCUUUUGUGGCCUAUGAGAACUACCUCCUGGUCUUUAUCCGCGGUGUAGGCCCUGAGUUGGAGGUGCAAGAAGAUCUUCUGACCAUAAUCAACCUGACUCAUCAUUUCAGUGUUGGUGCGCUCAUGUCGGCAAUCCUAGAGGCCCUGCAGACAGCAGGGCUUAGCUUGCAGAGAAUGGUUGGACUGACCACGACCCAUACUUUGAGGAUGAUUGGUGAGAACUCAGGACUCGUCUCAUACAUGAGAGAAAAGGCCGUAAGCCCCAACUGUUGGAAUGUCAUUCAUUAUUCAGGAUUUCUUCACUUGGAACUGUUGAGCUCCUAUGAUGUAGAUGUUAAUCAGAUCAUAAAUACCAUAUCCGAAUGGAUAGUUUUGAUUAAGACCAGAGGCGUUAGGCGACCUGAAUUUCAGACUUUACUAACUGAAUCUGAAUCAGAGCAUGGCGAAAGGGUUAAUGGACGAUGUCUGAACAAUUGGCUUAGGAGAGGGAAAACUUUAAAACUAAUAUUCUCUCUAAGAAAAGAAGUGGAAGCGUUCUUGGUUUCAGUAGGGGCAACAACAGUUCACUUCUCAGACAAACAAUGGCUGUGUGACUUUGGCUUCUUGGUGGACAUUAUGGAACACCUUCGAGAACUCAGUGAAGAAUUACGAGUUAGUAAAGUCUUUGCUGCUGCUGCGUUUGACCAUAUUUGUACUUUCGAAGUUAAGCUGAAUUUGUUUCAAAGACAUAUUGAGGAAAAAAAUCUAACAGACUUUCCUGCCCUCAGAGAAGUUGUUGAUGAGCUAAAACAGCAAAAUAAGGAAGAUCAAAAAAUAUUUGAUCCUGAUAGGUAUCAAAUGGUGAUCUGUCGUCUCCAAAAAGAAUUUGAGAGACAUUUUAAGGACCUCAGGUUCAUUAAAAAGGACUUAGAACUUUUUUCAAAUCCAUUUAACUUUAAACCUGAAUAUGCACCUAUUUCAGUGAGGGUGGAGCUAACAAAACUUCAGGCAAACACUAAUCUUUGGAAUGAAUACAGAAUCAAAGACUUGGGGCAGUUUUAUGCUGGAUUGUCUGCUGAAUCCUACCCAAUUAUCAAAGGGGUUGCCUGUAAGGUGGCAUCCUUGUUUGAUAGUAACCAAAUCUGUGAAAAGGCUUUUUCAUAUUUGACUCGAAACCAACACACUUUGAGUCAGCCAUUGACAGAUGAGCAUCUCCAAGCCCUAUUUCGGGUUGCCACAACUGAAAUGGAGCCCGGUUGGGAUGAUCUUGUGAGAGAAAGAAAUGAAUCUAAUCCAUAAGGCUUUGUAGUACAAGAUUGAAAAACUCAACAAGAAUUUAAUUCUAAAAGCAAAAAUUGGUUUGAGUUUUCAAGUUUACUAAUUUGGAUUGUGAGAAAGUACCAAGUACCAGCCGUCCAAACUGAUCACAAUUAAAAUUCUGACAGUUGCCUUUUUUUUCAUCUCAAAUGGCAGCAUGGGACUGAAACAUGAGAAUGCCACCUUUUUUAAAACUUAGUUUAGUGACAAAGUCAUUGUCUUUUAUGAUAUAGUUAAUUUUAAAGAGAUUUAGUAUUAAUGUGAGUUGAAUUUGCAGUCUGUUUUUUAGGUGUUCUGAAGAUACAUGCCAAAAAUUUCAGCUCUUAUUUUAAUGGAGUGUUAAAAUUCUGAUUCAUAUAGUCUUAAAUUAUCAACUCCUUAAAUGUGCUUUUGAACCAAUUUGCAGAAGCUCACAUAGCAAGUUCAUAAGUUUCCAAAAAGGAAGACCAUACGUAACAGUGGAGGUGUUUUGUCUAACUAUCAAAAUGUUUGAGACUUUAUUUUAAACAUUUCUGAGUCCCAAGGUAAUACUGACAGAUUUCUUCCCUUUUCCCUCCCCAUCACCCACCUCAGUGAUACCACAUUACUGAUAGAGGAAGUCAUUAGAAUCAUUUUUAAGUUUCUGAUAUAGGAGACUUCCUGUAAUUUGGAGAUAAGACUAAUUAUUGGGGGUUUUCCUUGGAUUUUUUUUUGUUUUAUAACUGGGGGCUAUUUUAUCAGCUUGCCUAUUAAAGGACUAUGGUAAGUAUAGAAUCUUAAUGGUUGCCAGUUAGUAAUUCUUUUUUUUUUACUGUAGACACAAGUUUGGCCCUAUCAAAAAGGAUGAGGAAAAAAGAUUGCACUCCAGGAUUAGGAGGUGUGAGAUAUUUUAGCUUUUUUGUCUUAUCUGUGUGGGUGUUGCUGCUUUAUUUUAAAAAAUCCUGCCUAAAGUAAACACUUUGUUUUAAAAUGAUACAGUAUCAGAUUUUGUUAGAUGCUAGAAAUGGAUUUAUUCUAAAAUUUGAAACUGUCGUACACAUUCUAUAUUUAAGGUAGCACACAAGUAGAAAUAUUUAAAAGCAAUCUUAUUCACAGAUUGCAGUAAUUCUGUAUUUCUAUUAAGAUAAUCUGCUUUGUGCCAAAACAGUAAUUUCCAAACUUCUGUUAACCAUGAAAAGGCAAUCUUAAUGUUCACUAUGUAAAACGAAUUAUAAACAGGACCCAACUUAUAUUCAUAGAUCCUCUUAAGUAUACAAUUUUAAAACUCUUGUUCCAAAGUCCUGUCUUAACUAUUGAAACACCUUAAUCUGUGGUUACUAAUCCAGCAAAUUCAAGGAACCAGGCUAUAACUGAGAAUUUAGAUGGAAUUGAUGUCUGGGCAAUUAAAAUAAAUGGCACAAGAGCCUAAAAACCAAAGUUGUGCCAGUGGCUUUCAACUAGGGGCAGUAACCUGUC